UCUCGAACAUGUACAGCUCUAUUAGAGCAUCUAAAGGUCAUUAGGCAGGCUCAAACUUUCCCGAGAGUGACAAUAACUCUCAAGACUGGCUUUGAGACUAUGGAAGUGAAGUUCUAUGAAUGUUCUUAAAAUUGCACCUGAAGCAUGAAUUAAAUACUGGUCAUAUGAAAAGUGUGAUGCUAACAGAGAGCCAGAGGCUAAAGGAAGAUGAACGUGUAGGAUCUUGGAAAGUUGACUGAGGCACUGAGAGGUUAAGUGAACUGUGCCAGAGAGGGUCUCACAUGUGUCAGAAGUUGAAUCUGGGUUGUUCUGACUCCGAGGCCAACCACCCUGCUUCUCAGCAACAGCAUUACUGUCAGUAUAAAAACUUGCUUGCUGCUGAGAGGACCACUAUGGGAAUUACAGAGAGAUUUAUUUCUGGAUCUUUGGCUGGAAUCACUGCACAGACCUUGGUCUACCCUUUGGAGGUUUUAAAGACCAGGUUGGCUUUAGAUUCAACUUCAAGAUACACAAGAAUAUCUAAUUGUGUCCAGAAGAUGUUGAAGUAUGAAGGAUACAAAACCUUUUACAAAGGUUAUGUUCCUAACUUACCGGGCAUCAUACCUUAUGCAGGUGUAGACCUAGCUAUGUUUGAGCUGUUGAAGAAUUUUUGGUUGCAGCAUCGUUCAAGAGACUCUGUAAACCCUGGGAUGGUAGUAGUACUGGCAUGUAGUACCUUGUCUGGUACUUGUGGUCAGCUAGCCAGCUACCUUUUCACUCUAGUGAGAGCCCACAUGCAGGCUGAAGAAACAUUGGGAGGAAUUCCACCCACGAAGAUGAUCAGUCUCAUUAAAAUAAUAAUUGUUACAGAAGGAGGGAUAGGAUUCCACUAGGGCAUCAUACCAAACUUGGUGAAGGUGCUUCCAGCAGUCUGCAUAAGCUGUGUCAUUUAUGAAAAAACAAAGAGGGUGCUGGGAGUAGCUGAAGUGUGAAAUGUUGAACUGCUGUUAUUAGCAUAGAAUGCUAAUAGAAGAAUGACAGUUUUUGAUCGAUUUUUUCCCUCUUAAAAUUGUAACAGCCUUUGUGAACAGAUCUUAUAUCUUUAUCCCUCAAGGAAGGAAUGUAUCAGCUAGCAUUUAUAACAUUUUAUCUUAAUUUUAUAUGUGACAGAAUCUAAGGUAAAAUCCUUAAAAAUAUAGAAUUCUAUUUCUCUUCCUUCUGACUCUCCUUUGAAGAGACUUGCCCUAGAAUGGAUUGAAAAAUAUUUUAGGUGACAUUUAUAUUUAUAAAGUAGAGCUGUAAAAUGUUUGGUCAUUCAUAUCAAUUUGUGUUGAGCCUUUUGUACUUAAAUAACUUUUAAACCUUAAUUUUAAAAAUGUUUUAUGCAUUUUGAAUGUAUUUUAAAACUACCAAGAGAAAUCAGUGCAUUUAAAAUUAUAUUCAACAGCAAAACAAAAUAUAUUUUGUGUUUUUGUUCUUAAAAAAUGAAGUAGGAUGUUCCAGGAGAAUGUUUUUGGAGAAUAAUAUAGUGUGAUGACAAUAAGUCUUUUAAUUAGCUGCUGAACUGGAACUUCAUGGAUAUAGUAAAUCUCCACCCAUCAGGCCUUUUCAAGUGAGAAAAUAUUUGUA